AAUUCAAUGGGAUUGAUCAAGAUUCAAUCUUUUUCAUUUCUAUUCACAAUCUUGAUUCUUUCAUCAUCUUCAUUACCUCACCGUCAUCGUCACAAUCGUCGCCAUCAUCGUAGAAAUUCACAGCUUAUUCCGAGUAUAUUUCAUCCACCUUUUAUACCAUCAAAUGUAAAUGGUGAAUGGGUACUUUUACAUGAAUCAAUUGGUGUUUCAGCAAUGCACAUGCAGCUUCUCUACAACAACAAAGUAAUCAUUUUCGAUAGAACGGAUUUCGGAGCUUCUAAUCUCUCACUUCCACAAGGCAAAUGUCGUUUCGAUGAUGAAGUUCUUGAUGUUGAUUGCUCUGCUCAUUCUGUUCUUUAUGACAUUUUAUCAAACACUUAUCGUCCACUCAUGGUUCAAACUGAUGUUUGGUGUUCCUCCGGUGCACUCAAUUCCGAUGGUACAUUAAUUCAAACCGGUGGAUACCAUGCCGGCGAUCGUAAAAUCCGGCUGUUUUCCCCGUGUGAUGGUGAUGUUGAUUGUGAUUGGACUGAAUUGCCGCAGAAUUUAACGGUUCAGAGAUGGUAUGCUUCUGAUCAUAUACUUCCUGAUGGACGUGUAAUCAUUGUUGGUGGAAGAAAAGCUUUCAGCUAUGAAUUUUUCCCCAAAACUAUGGACGAUAAUGGUGGGGUUUUUCAUCUUCCAUUCUUAGUGGAAACUACAGACCCAAUGGAAGAAAACAACCUUUACCCAUUCUUGUACAUUUUACCCGACGGAAAUCUCUACAUUUUCUCAAAUCAACGCUCAAUUGUAUUAGAUUACGUUAAUCACAAUGUUCUCAGGGAAUUCCCCAUGAUUCCCGGCGAGAAACGGAGUUAUCCGGCAACUGGGUCUUCGGUAAUGCUUCCGUUACGGUUACGUCAGGGUCAGGAACCAGUGGUGGAGGUGAUGAUCUGCGGAGGCGCGUGGGGUGGCGCGUAUGUUAAAGCACUGGAAGGGGAGUUUUGGCGGGGUUCAAGUUCAUGUGGGCGAAUGAGACUAACGGAUCCGGAUCCGAAAUGGGUCAUGGAGGAAAUGCCUUCGGGUCGGGUCAUGCCGGAUAUGUUGUUGCUACCUACAGGAGAUGUGCUUAUACUAAACGGGGCGGCGAAUGGAGCAGCCGGGUGGGAGAACGCGAUUGACCCUGUUUUAAACCCGGUUCUUUACCGACCCGAUGAACCCGACCCGAGGAGAAGAUUCAAUGUGCUCACCCCUACUACAAUUGCAAGAAUGUACCACUCAUCAGCGAUUUUACUGCCAGAUGGGAGGAUAUUAGUGGGUGGUAGUAAUCCGCAUUCGACCUACAACUUUACAGGCGUAAAGUAUCCGACAGAGUUAAGCUUAGAGGCGUUUUCACCACCUUAUUUGGCUACACAAUACGCCCAUCUUAGACCUUUAAACCAAGCCGUUGAUGUGGGGCAAGUCUUAUCGUACGGUCAACAGUUCUCGAUCACGUUCACUCUACCCUUUCCGCAGCCCGAUGCGGAGUUCAUGGUGAGCAUGAUUCCACCUUCAUUUACUACACACUCAUUUGGGAUGAAUCAAAGGUUGUUGUUUUUGGAAAUUGUGGGAGUAGAAAGGCUUUUUAUGUUUGGUUAUAGAGUCAUAGUAUUUGCACCUCCAACAAGGAAUAUUGCACCUCCAGGAUAUUAUAUGGUGUUUGUAGUUCAUCAAGGUGUUCCUGGUCAUAGUGUUUGGGUGAAAAUACAGUGACCAUUAUAGCAAAUUUUUACAAUAUUGUUUUUGAAUUGAGAUAAUAUGUGAGAUAUUUUGCUAGGUGCAUCAUAUUUUUUGGU